AGGCUAUCCCGCCACGCCUUCGACUUCGGCCUCGGAGGCCUCUGAGACGACCACCGGCGAGGUGAAGGACAGCGGCCCAGCUGAGAAGGAAGUGGAGGAAGAGCACCUUUGCCGCUUCUGCUUCGAAGGAGAUGAGGAGGACGAACUGAUCUCACCGUGCCGAUGCUCCGGGGGCCAAAAGUUCGUGCACCUGAAAUGCCUGCGAAUGUGGCAGCGUGCGGUUUUGGUGUCGCAGCCAACUCAUCCAGACCUCUACGACCACGACACGCGGCAGAGGAUUUGCAACGUGUGCAAGACUGAGUUCUCCUGCCACCCGCCCACCAGAGCCGAGCUCUUGGCGUCCUUCACCGGGCCCGAGCUUGCGGCGCUGAUCGAGGAGCGUUGCUUCAUUGGCUCCGCCGAAAACUUCAGCCGCGAGCUUGAGCGACAGGUGGCCAGCUUUCCAGGCAUCAUGCGCGAAGGCAUCGUGUGCCUGAACUGGAUCAGGGGUCUCUUCCUCAUUGUCAAGGUGGUGGAAGAUCGGCAUCGCGGGAUCGUCCUGCUGCGAGUCAGUGAUGAUGAGGAGCUGCGCUUGUUCAUGCAGCACCUGGAGUCAGAUGCCAGGACAUUUCACUUGCGCGGCCGUCGAUAUCAGGUCCUUCCGCAAGGGCCCUUGAAGAACCUGACAGACCAAGAUCCCCCGGAGGCCCGACGAGAGUUGAUGAGAUCGGUGCGGACCCCGACGUCCAUCCGACUUCGCCCGGAUCCGGUGGACUGCGGCGAAGACGGGAUCGUGGCUGUGAAUCUGGCGCGGCCCUUUGACCUGGCCAGUUCCGGGCGCACAGUGCUGCGCGCCAGGCAGCGUGCGGCAUACCACGCGGCAGAAGCGAGGGUGCUCACUGACCGGGGGCAGCAAGAGCUGCGCAGCCAGGUGACACACUUCAUCGGCGGCCCCUGUGAGGAGGAGAAGGUGGCAUGCUGUGUGGUGGCUUCGGCGUCCGGCUACAGCAUCGUGCAGGAUGAUGCUUGCCUGCUGGCGGGUCUAUCAGCUGCAGAGGAGCUGGCCGGCGCGGCAUUGUCCGAGGCCUCCGCGGAGGGUGCCGAGGCGGCCCUGCGCCUCGCUGCAGACUCGACCAACGCUGCGGAUGGGGCUGCUAUCCAGGAGAACUCCGUGCCGAAGCGGCGGCGAUUGGUGCUGAGCCGGUCUCAGUUGUCUUCCGCGGCCUCCCCCGCGAGCUGUGAGGCCGGGCCGGACGGCAACUCGCCUGUCCGUGUCUUCGUGUACUGGGGCUAUGCCGGCUGGAGUCGCUGCCAACUGAUGGGGGAAAUCGCCCGAGGCAGCUGGGGACUUUGCAAGGCGGACACGCAGGAUGUGGUCUCCAAACGGCCGGACGAGGUGUGGCAAUCGGUUUAUCCUCGGCUUGUCUUUGCCCCGAAAAGCGAGAUGAGCGAAGCCUACGGCGGUGAGUCGCCUGAAGAAGAGAGGAGACAGCAGUUGCGGCGCAUGGCCAUCAUCCACGACCUGCUGACAGGGCGCCAGGGCAGAGACGAGGAGGCGGUGGCCGAAGAAGCGGAGGACCCUGCUCCGGAGCGGGCGGCCCUGGCACAAGAGCUGGAGGCCGCAGAUGCGGAUGCAGAGGAGGCCGAGGAAAGCGCAGCAGUCACGGACAGCGACGAGGUAAGUGGCGAGGAAGAGGAGAACAAAGGGCGUGGCUGCACAGCAUGAGGACACCGCGUCUGCUCCUGCCGAGGAAUGAGGAGCUUGUCACGUCGUGGGCAAGGCUGCAAGAUGGGCGGCCGGAGUCCUUGCGUUCCGGAUCAAGAUUCAAGUUUGUGGGCAAUCCAUGCUCAUGUUCCGGACCCACUUUCAGCCUUGCCAGCUUUGCAAGCGCUGCAACAAGACAGUGUUCCCCGUGAUACCGCCGGUAUCGGCCAACUUCCGCGGCCUUUCAAAAGAACGAGUAAGGGGGCGCGCC